AGUAAUUUUUAGUCAAUCUCUUAUUAUAAAAUAAAUUUUACAAAUUUUGGAUCAAUAUGUUUUUUUCAAAAACAAAAUUCGCAAAUCGAAUGCUUUCUACUCAAAUAAAAGAAAAAAAGAUUAAAAUAUCUUCAAAUAUUUCUAUAAAUUUUGUUCAAUCUGGUGAAGGUCCGAAAAAUAUUUUGUGUAUGCCUGGAGCACUUGGAUCUGCUUGGACAGAUUUCAAACCUCAAUUAGAAUUUUUACCAAAAUUAUUACCAGAACAUAGAAUUAUAGCUUGGGAUCCACCAGGGUAUGGCAAAUCUACACCUCCGAAAAAAAACUUUACGGUAAAUUUCUUUAAUAAAGAUGCCGAAUAUGCUCACGAAUUAAUGCUAGAAUUAAAUUCGUCAAAAUAUUCUAUUUUGGGAUGGAGUGAUGGUGGAGUUACAGCAAUGAUCUUAGCUGCGACACAAAAUAAAAUUGUUGAAAAACUAGUUAUUUGGGGGGCUAAUGCUUCUAUUAAUGACGAAGAUAUAAAACUUCUUGAAGCUAUGCGAGAUGUAAAAACUUGGUCCCCUCGUAUGAGAGAAGCUAUGGAAAAAGUCUAUGGUGUUGAAGGUUUUCAAAAAUUAUGGACUGAUUGGUUAAAUACAAUGUUAUCCAUUUAUAAUGAAAAAGGUGGAAAUUUUUGUAAAGAGGAAGUUGAAAAAAUUUCCUGUCCAACUCUAAUUGUUCAUGGGAAGAAAGACCCCAUGAUUUCAAAAGAACAUGUCCCUUAUUUGAAAAAGAAAAUAGCUAAUUGCAGAUACUACGAGUUUCCAGAAGGGAAACACAAUAUACAUUUGCGGUAUGCUGAAGAAUUUAACAAACUAGUGUCUGAAUUUUUAAGAAGUUAGUGCUCUUAUUUUUUAAAUUUAAUUGUUUUAUAUGCACACAUAUACAUAC